GGGAAGGAUUUAGUGGGACUCAGACAGACAGCAGACCGGCUGUCCCAAGCUGCUCUGAUCCUCCACUCUCAGGCUCCAAGCCCCUUUAUCACUGGCCACCUGCCUCUCCGAGAAUAACCCAGCGGCAUCAGAAGAAAAAAAAAAAAAAAAAAAAACAACCACAGCAAGGAGGCGAGAGGAGAUCGUUGUGCCAUCCUGAGAGGACGCGCUGCGCUCAGGGCGCACUUGGAUUUGUUUUCCAUUUCCCAUCAGAGGAGCGCCGAUCACUGCUCCGGCCGCUCCGGGCUGCUCCCUGCCAGGAGCCACUUUGCAUGGAUGCAGCAUGGCCACGUUUGUCUGCAGGGUUCAGUUCUUAGAUGACACCGAUCCGUUCAACAGCACCAACUUCCCCGAGCCGACGCGGCCGCCUGUGUACACCUUCAGGGAGGAUCUCCCCCUCAUCAACCAGCUAGCGGGCGUCCACAGGCUGCUCAAAGCCCCACACAAGCUUGAUGACUGUGCACUCCAGCUCUCCCACAAUGGGACCUAUCUGGAUCUGGAGUCCUCUCUGGCUGAGCAGAGGGAUGAACUGGAGGGGUUUCAACCGGAUGACACAGGGUCCAGGGGGAAGAAACACAGUGUUAUUUUAAGGACUCAGCUGACCGUCCGCGUACACGCCUGCAUUGAAAGACUCUACAACUCCAACGGACGUGACCUGAGGAGAGCUCUGUUCUCUUUAAAGCAAAUUUUUCAGGAUGACAAAGACCUGGUGCACGAGUUUGUGAUUGCCGAAGGUCUCGCGUGUCUCAUCAAGGUGGGAGCAGAAGCCGACCAGAACUACCAGAACUACAUUUUAAGAGCUCUUGGACAAAUCAUGCUGUACGUGGACGGGAUGAAUGGAGUCAUCGGCCACCCAGAGACGAUCCAGUGGCUCUACACUCUCGUUGGCUCAAAGUUCCGUCUGGUGGUGAAAACCACGCUGAAGCUGCUGCUGGUGUUCGUGGAGUACUCCGAGUCCAACGCGCCGCUGCUCAUAGAAGCCAUCGCCUCUGUGGACACGAAGAAAGGCUGCAAGCCGUGGUCCAAUGCGAUGGAGAUCUUGCAGGAGAAGGAUGGAGUAGACACUGAGCUGCUGGUCUUUGCCAUGACCCUCAUUAACAAGACGCUUGGGGCGCUGCCUGACCAGGACUCCUUCUAUGACAUGGUGGAUGUGCUGGAGGAACAGAGCAUCGAGGCCGUCUCUCAACGACACCUGGGGCGGAAGGGCACCGACCUUGACCUGGUCGAGCAGCUCAACAUCUAUGAGAUGACCCUGCGGCACGAAGAUGGUGACGAUAGCAGCCAGCCUCCACCCACGGGACGCCGCGACCGCCGCCGGUCCAGCCUCGGAGGCAGCGACAAGCGCUGCGGUCUGGAGAGGAGGCGGAGCCGCCGGGCUUCUCUGGGGCGACCCGGCCACGCCUCCCCCUGCAGCCCUGCAUCCCCGCAGAGAGCUGGUUUCCAUCCCUUCAGUGGACAAAGAGUCGAGGACGUGAGUGAAAGAGCAUUGUCAGGUGUCCUUCCCUCCAUAGAGGAGGAAUGUGAGGAUGGCAUAGAGGAGGAUGAGGAAGAGGAAGAGGACUCUGCUGUCACUGAGUCUGAUUCGGAUGAGCGGGAGGGGGCUAAUCAGAUCACCUCCAGCCGGGCCAGACGGCCCGCAUCCACGCUUCACAGAACCACCCUCCAGUCCAUCACCAUCACUUCCACAAAGGGACAUAAAGCGGAGGAUGAGCAGAAGAGUCGGGCAGAGCCAGCGUCGGCCUCCACGUCCCCCGUCACCCUCAUCACCCCCACCUCCUCUUCUCCACAGCCCAGCCCGCUCAGCCCCCCGGCCCAGUGCUCCCUCCUGGCCACCCUGCUGGCCAGGAAAAAGUCCAUGGUCACCGUCCCGGCCACCAAGGAAGUCAGCCCCCCGUUACGCGGCAGCUCUCGUCCCUCCCCCGACCGCAUGCCCUACCUGCCUCAUUCGCCCUUCCACCUGUUCUCCUACGACCUGGACCAGGAGGCGUCCCCCCCGCAGGCCAAGCGCGGCGAGGACUCGCCCGGAGCGACACCUCCCAGGAACGGAGGUGACACGUCCCAGUCGUCCGUCAGCAGCCCGAGUACGCCCACCAGCCCCAGGCCGGCCUUGGGAGGGCUCUUGUCCUCCUCUUACCGACAGCACCAGGAAUCCCUGGCCGCUGAGCGAGAGCGCCGCCGUGUGGAGAGAGAGGAGCGACUGCAGAGGAUCGAGAGAGAGGAGAGGAACAAGCACAGCCGCGACUAUGUGGAUAAGAUGGAGGAGGCCAGGCUUGCACGGGAGGAGAGGUAUAAGAACGUGGAGCGACUGGCGGCAGAGGAGUAUGAGAGGGACCGCGUCCGGACGUCAAGGACUCGCCCCGACUUCAACCCGGCCUUUGAACCCUCGGAGGCCUGGCCCUCGUCGUCGCGCAGCAGCACCCCGUCCUCCUUCGAUGACCUAGAAUCCGAGACGCCGGCCACUGAGAACACGCCCUCUGAGACAGGAGAAGCCGAUGACUCCAGCGCCAGUGUAGAAGCUGAGGAGAAGGAGGCAGAAGCCGCAGAGGAGGAGGAGGAGGAGGAGGCACAACAGAAGGAGGAAGAAGUAGAAGAGGUGCCAGAGGAGGUUGCAGUGGAAAAAGAGGAGGAAGUUGAGGAGGCCGAGCAGGAGGCCGAGCAGGAACCCGAGCAGGAACCCGAGCAGGAACCCGAGCAGGAGCCCGAGAAGCAGCGAGACGAGGAGGUGGAGGAGGACAGCGGCAUCCUUAGUGACAAGGAGCGACAGAAUGAAGAAGUGAACGAGAAGGACAACUGCUCCGCUUCGAGCAUCUCCUCUGCCAGCAGCACUCUGGAGAGAGAAGAGAGAGGAAGCAGUGAUAAUGCCUUAAAGGAGGCAGAAGUGAACGAAGACUGCAACAAACUCCUCAACAGCAAACUCUUCAUGCUGGACAUGCUGUAUUCCCAAAACAAGAAGCCCACCGACGACGAUGAGGAGGAGGAAGAGGAGGAUGUGGAGAAGGAGAAGGAGAAGCAAGAGGGGGAGGGCAAAGAGACGAGCCAGGACGCUGACGGGAAGCUGGACGCCGACCAGCAGGACAAGUCGGAGCCCCCCAAGGGCAUCCGUCCUUUCGCCGAGCGGUUCGGGGACUUGAUCAAGGGCUUUGGCUCGGCUCACCUGGACGGCCCGGCCAACGAGCCGCCGCCCCCGCCGCCCAAGAAGGAGUCGGACACCAUCUGGGACCAGCUGCUGGCCAGCCCUCGCGAGCUGCGCAUCGGGGACAUCAACUUCACCGACCUGACGGAGGAGGACGAUAAGGACACCCUGGACGCCGUGUUGAUGGGAGGAUGUGGCGAUCUCCCGCCCCCGCCGCCUCCUCCCCCCUGCCUCCCGCGUUUCCCCCCACCCCCACCCAUGCCAGGCAGCUGUCCGCCCCCCCCUCCCCUAAUCGGCAUCAUGAGGCCUCCACCCCCUCCCUCGUUUAGCUCUAUGAUCCCCAUGCCCCCUCCCCAGGAGCAGCCUCUCUUCAACAAAAAGAAGAAGACAAUUAGACUCUUCUGGAGUGAGCUGCGUCCAACAGACUGUCAGUACAGGGACUACAAACGGACCGGAGACUCAUUCUGGUCCAAAAUGGAGCCGGUGAAGCUGGACACGUCCAAGAUGGAACAUCUGUUUGAGUCAAAGUCUAAGGAAAUAUCAGUCACAAAGAAAACGGCAGCUGACGGCAAACGCCAGGAGAUCAUAGUUUUGGACUCCAAACGAAGCAAUGCCAUUAACAUCGGCCUGACGGUGCUGCCUCCGCCCCGCACCAUCAAGACAGCCAUCCUCAACUUUGACGAGUACGCGCUCAACAAGGAGGGAAUAGAGAAACUGCUGACGAUGAUCCCGACUGAGGAGGAGAAGCAGAAGAUCCAGGAGGCCCAGCUGGCCAACCCCGACGUCCCGCUGGGCUCGGCCGAGCAGUUCCUCCUCACGCUGUCCUCCAUCAGCGAGCUCUCUGCCAGACUCCAGCUCUGGGCCUUCAAGAUGGACUACGAAGCAACGGAGAAGGAGGUUGCAGAGCCGCUGCAGGAUCUGAAGGAGGGCAUGGAGCAGUUGGAGAAGAACAAAACUCUACGCUACAUCCUCUCUACACUUCUCGCCAUUGGAAAUUUCCUCAAUGUCAGCAAUGCCAAAGGCUUCGAGCUGACGUACUUGGAGAAGGUCCCAGAAGUGAAGGACACGGUCCAUAAGCAGUCCCUGCUCCAUCACGCCUGCUCCGUGGUGGUGGAAAACUUCCCCCAGAGCACCGACCUUUACUCCGAGAUAGGAGCCAUCACCCGUUCUGCAAAAGUGGACUUCGAACAGCUGCAGGAGAACUUGUGUCAGAUGGAGCGGCGGUGCAAAGCCUCAUGGGACCAUCUGAAGGUGAUCGCCAAACACGAGAUGAAGCCCCAGCUGAAGCAGAAGAUGUCGGACUUCCUCAAAGACUGUGCUGAAAGGAUCAUCAUCCUCAAGAUUGUUCACCGCAGGAUACUCAACAGGUUCCACUCAUUCCUCUUGUACGUGGGUCACCCGGCCUACAGCGUGAGAGAUAUCAGCAUCAACAGGUUCAGUAAAAUCCUGAGUGAGUUUGCGCUGGAGUACCGAACCACCCGCGAGCGCGUGCUGCAGCAGAAGCAGAAACGAGCCGACCACCGAGAACGCAACAAGACUCGGGGAAAGAUGAUCAUUGACGUGAACGCUCCCUCUGAUGAGGAAGAAGAGCGUGAGCAGGGUGGUCUUCAAGGCUCAGGCAGCAGAAACCACAGCGCCCCUAGUGGCAGCCAGGAGAGCGAGCAGCCUCAGGGUCUGAGCCACGAUAAGGAUGUGGCAGAUCACGAGCACAUGAAGGCUGUGCUGAGAACCAGCCUGGGCGACACUGAUAAGGAGGUCAGCGCCGUGCCGGGGCUGCGGACACGGACCAGAUCACGGCCUGGACGAGGAGGUCGGACCAUGCAAGCAUGGACGCCGCCUGCGGACGACACUCAGACCGGGGGAGACGAUGCUGCAGAUGAGAUCAUGGAGCGUAUCGUGAGGUCGGCCACGCAAGGUCCAGGAACCAGAACACAGCCCAGAGAGAGGAGGAGGUCCAGGGCCAACCGCAAAUCAUUGAGGCGGACUCUGAAGAACGGCCUGACGCCAGAAGAAGCUCUGGCGCUGGGGUUAACUGAUUCUCCAGACACAUAGACGGGACGAGCCGCCUCUCACCGGUCCUCACUGCCGCAGGAACACACCUGUGGGUGCCAGCGUUGCAUCUCCCGUCAGCCUUCGCCACACUUUUCGUUUUAGAGUUUUAGCCCACAAGCUUCUUCAGCUUUUCGCCAGCUGCUGCUCUCGACUGAUGUUUUUGUGUGAAGAUGCUGCCAAUUUAUAAAAAAAAAAGGAAAAAAAAAAACAACUUUUCUUCCUCAGAAAUAUUCAGUGAAGCUGCCUCCACACUAAACUGAACAUUUUUGAAUUCUCCAAACAUAUUUAAAAUAAACCCACAGGGAUAGGUUUUGAUGAAUUUAAGCUGUGAAUUUUUGCUGUAAAGGGCUGGAAAGCAAUUUUAUUUAUAUUUUAACUGUGUCAAAGAACCCCAAGUCAUGCCGUCAAAUAAACAGGCGUUCGCCACUUAGAACGACUAUACAUGAAAAACGCUACGUUUUGCUUCUGCAGCUGCACAUUUGGAAAUUGUUGUGUGGUUUGUAGAAAUGAGAAAGGUUUCGGUUUGAUGAGUGCCUUUCAUUUAAAAGAGACAAUACUGUACCUUUUUACAAACUCUCUCUGUUCUCCAGGUGACUAACUGAAAUGUCAAUCUGUAGUUGUGUCGAGCAUUAGUUUUAAAAAAUAAAAUAACUUUCUCAGUAUUUAUUUGCAACUCCGACAUCUUGCACCUUAAGUGACACUUGUAGCCUCUGGCUGAAGUGAACGACUGAUUGAAAGCAGAGAAAAAGAGGAAGUUUUUAUCUCAGAGGAACUUUUUGUAAAGUGUAAAAAGAAAAAACGAUAUAGACAUUUAAAAAAAAAAAAAGAUGUUAUUACCUAUCUUGAAGGAGAUGCAGAGAACUCUGCAUAAGAUGUUUAAAUGCCCUAAUCAGCUGCCAGGUACGAUAUCCUGUUGUCCUUCAGUGUGCAUAUUUAGUACAGUUGUGUAUUAUUUUUGUAGAAACUUGUAUUAUAGUCUGAGCGAAAGGAUGCUUUUCAGUGUAUUGUAAUUAAAGAGAACGUGAAUGAAAGAAAUUCUGUCUUUUAAAUGCUGUUCUUGCUGAGAUUUGGAAGCUGCAUUCGGACUUUUGCUUUGAGCUCUGUGGUCACGUACUUUGAACGACCUUUGAGCAGCUUGGAUGACUGGGAUCCCGACUGAAGUGCUAUCCUCUCUCAUGGUACAGUAAGGACUUGGAAACGGCACGUUCACUUGAAAUGCUUUGUAUACACACUCUGCAAUAAAAGAAAAGCAAAACCA